AUGAAUACCUCACCUCAGACUCGCCUCAAUCGUCUGUUUGCUGGGAAGCCGUUACCAACUCCUCCAGUCCCAGGCGAGCUUCAUUUUUCCGAGAAGGAACUGAAAGAGAAUAUUGAACAAUCGCGGAAGACACCUGCCACAGUGCAACAUCCUCAAAAGGCCCCUAGCCCUCCAAAACCCCAGUCUACUUCAGCGACCGAUGGUUGGAGCAGUGCUGAUGAUGAUGAUGACUCUGUGGCUGCCUUCAGACCGAAGCCGUCUAUGAAGGCUCCCACCCAGCAACCAGACCAGAAGUUGACCUCAAGAACGAUACUUGAAUCAACUGCCCGUGCUUCGCGUGAAGGGGUGUCCACCGAGGCUGAAUCAUCAAGCGGUUCUGUUUGCCAGAGCAACAACCCCUCCAAAGUCAUGGCUGAUGAGAAGCAAGGAUCCAUAGCUCACGGCCAAAUCCAGAGCAUUCCAGAUUCCGAAGAGCAAAACCCAGAGACUACGAGACAGUACUGUCAGUUUCUUCUUGCUGCUAAGUUUCCAUACAAAUACAUGAAUGAUGGUGAUGACAGAGUUUCGAAACGUUUCUUCGCCAACAACAAAUUCUACAACCGAGACUGGGAUAUCUAUUAUCUACAUCCGCCCUUCAGUCUGGGUUCGAAACCAAUCAUUCUGGUUCCAUAUGCCCAGGUGCACAAACUAGUAACCGAAAUUGGCGAGGCCUUCAAGGUUGAAGUCUCGGUACCAGACUUCCCUUUCACCGUCAAGUUCUCUGACGAUGGGACCCCUCAACCACAAUUUCUCGGAAACUCCAAGUCAAGAGACCAAUUUAUGAGUUUACAAAAUUCAAUCGACUUGCCUUCCAAGGGUCAUGGCGAAUGUCCUGCAAACGCAUCACCGCAUUUAGCGCAACAAUUUGUAUCUUUCAGAGAACUAUGUCUAGAUGCACUUGCUGCCCACAAGAAAAAGUCUGGCGGGGGCAAAAGCACCACCAAGAAGAAAGAGGGUGAUAGACUACUGUCUACUCAUGAUUUCAACUCACAGUUGAGAAGAUUACAACGAUAUUUCGGGCUACGUGCCAAAUCGGUCAAAUCCCAGCCCCCUGAAAUACACCCUUCCUGGACAGGAAAGGAUGAACUGCGUCAGCCUCUAGAGAAAACAGUCAUGGAAACUUUGCAUGUUAACGAGGUGGCACCUUACCCCUUCGAGAAAGAGCCAGUCUUCAUCUCAGUCGACAUUGAAUCAUAUGAAAGAGCUCACAAUCUAAUAACUGAAGUCGGUGUCAGUACCCUGGACACCCUCGAUCUCAUCGAUACUCCCCCCGGCGAGAACGGCAAGAACUGGAUCAACUGUAUUCGCUCACGUCAUUUCAGAAUCAAGGACCAUGCUCACCUAGUCAACCGGGAUUUCUGCGUGGGCAACCCUGAUGCGUUCCAGUUUGGCCGGUCGGAAUGGGUUACUCUACAACAAGCUCCAACUGAGGUUGACAACUGUUUAAAGUGGCCAUUCUCUGUUCAGUACAAAUAUGCUGGGCUUAAGGACGCCUGGGAUACGGAAUCCACUCCAGUGUCGAGGAUGACAAGCGGCAGUUCUGAAUCAUCAGAAGCUAUAGCCGGGAAAUCCGCUGCCGGUGACUGCUCUGUGGACCCGAGUCAGGACCCAAAUCUUCUCCAACGCGGCCCAAAAGAUCGCAAUAUCAUCCUUGUGGGACAUGAUAUCAGAAGCGAUCUCGACUAUCUUCGCACCCUGGGAAGCAAGAUUUUCACGCCUUCACGUGGUGCUUAUCCUGUUGCGGCAAUGGAGGCUGUGGAUGAAGGAAGUGAUACUACUCGAAUUCUUUCUUCUAUCGUCGAGGCUCUCGAUACUGCUCCUCUUUAUAAGGCCUAUAAGAAUGAGAGUCAACCCCGCAACCUCGGAGCCAUAGGAACAAACUUGGGAUUGCAGUGCUUCUUUAUGCACAACGGAGGCAAUGAUGCAAGAUAUACUUUGGAAGCUCUGGUUGCUUUGGCAAUUCAGGCACGAUUGGUGGAAGAUGCUGAGUCGCCAAGUAAAGAGGGCAGUUCCGCCGAUCAAGCGAUACGGAGUAAAUCGGACCGUUCCGGUGGACUCGGGGCUGACAACGCUGCUGGAGACGUGGGUGCCAUUACGGAGCGAUUGAGCCUUGAGACUUCAGCCAAUGGAGAAGGCGAAGAAGGCGAAGAAGAAUGGGAGUUGUGA